AUGGAGAUCAAGAAAUUUUUGGUCGACAUCAAGAAUAUUGACAGCCAGAACUUUCAUCCGAGAAAGUUUGACGCGAAGAUGAACUCCCGGGUGCAUCUGCAACCGUUCCUGAACAAUUCCCUGGCCAUCAGGCAGGAAAUCCAACGGUUCGAAAGUGUCCAUCCCUCAAUUUAUGCCAUCUACGACCUCAUAGACCUUAUUCCAGACGGCAUCAUAGCCCAGCAGAUCCGAGACCACGUAGUUUGCAUCGAAGUUACUGGAUAG